AUGUCACACAAUAUCCCACAAGAGCUAAUCUUUGACAUACUUGCAAGGCUUUCGACCAAGGAUUUGAUACGACUCAUGUGUGUCUCCAAAGCUUGGAAUGCAGCCAUCCAAGACCCAGAAUGGGCCAAGCUGCAUCUCCAACUCUCCUUCAAGCGCAACUCAAUGGAUCCGUCCUUUUUAAUUCUACCAUCCAAGCUUGAUGAGUUUUUUAAAAUGACGUUGUUUGAAAAUGACAGAAACGGAAGAAUUAUGUUAAUCAAGCAGCCGUCAAAGCAGGUUGAGAAAAGAAAUAAGAUCUUGGGUUGCUGUAAUGGUUUGCUUUGCAUUUUUGGAUCCUUGGAAAAUGAAGACUUUGGUUUGUGGAGUCCGACAAUCCACAAGUUUAAGAGGAUUCCUUUGUCAGCCUUCAAUAAGUGGACGCAGAGCAACACCUUUUAUGGCUUCAGGUAUGAUUCAGUCAAUGAUGACUAUAAGUUUGUGAGAAUGGGGCAGUUUAAGGAUCCGAGUGGUGUUGUUACAAGCUCGGAAGUGCAGGUUUAUAGUCUAAAAUUGCACUCAUGGAAAAGGGUCCAAGACUUGCCUGCUCAUCUUAAUAAAGAUUAUAUAUUUGCCUCAAAUGGGGUUUGUCUGGAUAGUUCUUUACAUUGGUUGAUGAGGUCAGGUGACAAAUUAAGGUGGAGGACCAAUGGUAGUUCUAACCUUUGA